ACCAAGAAAUCCGUCGCACAGUUGGAUUCUCUAUAACCAUGAUUGAUUUUAACCUCCCACUCGAGGCUCAAAAGGUGUUCCAAUGUUUCGGUGAGCAGCCCCUGCCUGUUCUCAUCAUCAGAAAAGUUGUUCAUAAUAGCAAUUGUCGUGCUCGAGUCAAGGGUAAGCUCCGCUUUCUCGUGGCCUUCGCUCCAUGCCAGACGAAGCCCUUUAAUCGCUCUCUUGAGUUCUGCACAGGUAAUGGAGCAGUGUCCCGAAUUGCAGACAAAAGCCAUGCUGAACCUAACUUGGUAGUCACGGAUCAAACCACCGCCAACAGCUUUCCCUGAGGAUGGGUGGACUGAACCGUCAGUAUGAACUUGAGCCCCCCCUUCAAGCGGGGUCUUCCAAGCGAUCCGUCUAUCACAGAGCUGUCAACACAGAAUUCUGAUAUCAACUCCAAGUUCGUCAUCUGUCAGGCAAUCAUGAAUGACAAACCAAAGGAAGAGCUUUAUGCGGCUAGGGCCCUUCAAUCUCCAAAGCAUCUUCUAGUCUUAAUCUGCAACAUCCUCAUCAGCAUCCGCUGCUAAGUCCUAGCCGAACCUCACUCUGAAACUUCCAUCUCUUUCUGCACGCCAAAUGGUUUUGUCCUCUCCCAGAUGUGGCUUAAGCGCUUCCAUUCAUGCAAUAAAUUAAGAAUAACAUU